GCAUGCGUAGAGCAUUAUGUUGUAGUAUUCGUAUGAUACGUUGAUGGAUUUUCUGAAAACGAGUUGAAAAGAUAACCUUGGUUUAUUUUAAAGGUUAUGUUUUGAGUCUUCGUUGUUUUCAGCGUACACCAACAGGUAAACGUCAGUUACGUAUAAAAUUUGAUUUGGUUAAGGUUACAACAUUUUUAGUUAAUGCACGAAUAAUAUGCGGAUAUUAUGUAACUCACUAUUUAGUUUUUUGUAUUUUAAUUUGAAAUCAGAUAACGCUUUUUUUUUUCAUUUUAGUUUUUUAUCUGUUCUUGAACAUUGGCAAUGAAUGUCACCGGUAUCAUCCAACAUUUAUAGCGACUAACUAGGAAACGACCAUCUGUGUUCUUCAUGUUGGCUCUGAAAGGCUCAAUGUACAGUACUUAAUGCCGGGUUGUUUCUUGAGCCAAAAUGGUGGCAGUUUCUUAAAGUAUGAGACAACUUUGCGUAGAUCCGUAGAAACAUUUGAGACGUCUCAAAGUGCAUUGCGUAAGAGGAAGUUUGACAUCAAUGAGUGGAACCGCACCUGAGACGUAGCAGAUGGGAAGUCGUACCUGGCAGUCCGACACAUCAGCAGCGGCCAGAAAAUAAAACCAGUUUGAGAGCGGUGUCCUUCAGGUGGCAGUGUGUUCAACGUUCAACUUAUAAGAAUGCUCCGAGAUAUUUUCUCUACCCAAGCCUUUGGAUUGUGGGUGACUUGGAACUAAGGAGACUCCCAAACAUGGGGAGGAUCAGUUUCUCCUGUCUCUUCCCUGCUUCCUGGCACUUCAGCCUUUCCCCUGUGGGCCUGCCUCGCCUGCCCUGCCUCUCUCUCAGGCAGUUCCUGUUCUUGGUGCUGCUGGUGGGCACACUGUGUGUGCUGUAUCUGCUGCUGGUCCUGGGCAAGGGCAAGCACAGCUGGCUGCACAGGGACAAGCAGUUCCACAGGUAUCUGGCCCGAGUGACCGAUGUGGAGGCCACAGAUACUGGGAACCCGAACCUCAAUUACGGCAUCGUGGUGGACUGUGGCAGCAGUGGCUCCCGCGUGUUUGUGUACUGCUGGCCCCGGCACAACGGCAACCCUCACGACCUGCUGGACAUCCGCCAGAUGAGAGACCAGAACAGGAAGCCCGUCGUGAUGAAGAUCAAGCCAGGCAUCUCUGAAUUAGCCACAGCUCCAGAAAAAGCCAGUGAUUAUAUUUACCCCUUGCUGAGCUUUGCUGCACAGCACAUUCCCAAGAGCAAGCACCAGGAAACCCCUCUUUAUAUCCUCUGUACUGCAGGAAUGAGAGUCCUGCCUGAGAGUCAACAGGAAGCCCUGCUCGAAGAUCUGCGGACUGAUAUUCCCGUGCAUUUCAACUUCCUGUUCUCUGAUUCCCAUGUGGAAGUGAUAUCGGGGAAACAAGAGGGUGUCUAUGCGUGGAUUGGCAUCAACUUUGUUCUUGGAAGAUUUGAUCACAUAGAAGAUGAAGAGGAGGCUCUAGUGGAGGUGCAGGUCCCUGGCAGUGACCACCAGGAGGCGCUAGUCCGCAAGAGGACAGCAGGUGUGCUGGACAUGGGAGGUGUCUCCACGCAGAUCGCGUACGAAGUGCCCCAAACUGUAAGCUUUGCCUCUUCACAGCAGGAGGAAGUGGCCAAGAACCUGCUGGCAGAGUUUAACCUGGGCUGCGACGCACACCGCACAGAGCAUGUGUACCGUGUGUACGUCUCCACCUUCCUGGGGUUUGGGGGUAACGCAGCCAGGCAGAGAUACGAGGAGAGCAUCGUGAGCAAGACCUUAAUGGAGAACAGGCUGCUGGGGAGACACGUGGGCGAGUCGUCGGAGACUCCUUUCUUGGACCCGUGCCUGCCGCUGGAUCUGGAGGACAAGAUCGAGCAUGGAGGGCAGAGCCUGUUCCUGCGGGGCACUGGCGACUUCGACCGCUGCCAGCUGGUCCUGCAGCCCUUCAUGAACAAGACCAAUGAGACCCAGACCUCUCUCAACGGUGUCUACCAGCCACCCAUUGACUACCAGAAUAGCCAGUUCUAUGGGUUCUCGGAGUUUUACUACUGCACUGAGGAUGUGCUGCGCAUGGGCGGCGAUUAUAACGCCACCAAGUACUCUCGUGCUGCCAAGAGUUACUGUACCACCAAGUGGAAAACCCUGAGGGAGAGGUUUGAUCGGGGUCUGUACGCCUCUCAUGCAGACCUGCACAGACUUAAGUACCAGUGUUUUAAGUCAGCUUGGAUGUACGCAGUGUUUCACUUGGGGUUCUCCUUCCCAACGGAAUACAGAAACAUGAAGACAGCCCUGCUGGUCUAUGACAAGGAGGUGCAGUGGACCCUGGGUGCCAUCCUCUACAGAACACGGUUCCUUCCCUUGAGUGCUGCUGUCCAUCCUCCUCUACCUGCUCCGCCUGCGGCGAAUCCAUCGUCGCAUGCUGCGCAACGGGCUCUCCUCCUCUUCCUCAUCUUCCACGCUGUGGCUAGAAGAAGGGCGGGGUGCUUCCGCGAUCCCCGUCACUCUCUAAGACCCCCGCUCAGGUACAGGGGUUCAGCCAGCGUGGCCUUGAGAGAUCCAAGCCUUCGCAAGAAGAAAAGAACAGCUGCUUUUCAAAGUAUUGACCCCCAACACCGGAGAUCUCACGAGGGUCCGUUUCCCUGGAGCAGACCACCAGUUAAUGUGAUAACACUGCCCUGGGCUCAUGGAAUGCUGAAGACUGCAUAAAUAACAAGCUCUACACUGCUGGGAUGGAACAGGACUACUACUAAGUGUUGUGUUUCAUUCUUUCGAUAAAGUAAGCAAUGUGAAAUUUUUUUAAUGUAUUUAUAUAUUGUGAAGAUUAAGUCAGUCUUUUGUUUCUUUUCCAUCAAUACAUAAGCAAAGCAAACAACAGUCCAGCAGUCGACUGUCUGCCACCCUGCACGCACUCCCCACCCCCCAUCCAAAAGAUAAAGAGGGUGCUGACAGGCUGUGUGCCCAUGUGAGAGCACGCAGUGCAGUGACUUGGGAGGAUUGGUAAACGAGCAGAAUAAGCCUUGAGUUGGCUUCAGUUGUGUAAUUUUCACGAGAUAGUUGCAAAGCAGUAGUGUCCGUCCUUAACUAAAUACAGGUUUUGAAUGCUAACAAAAAGCGCUGUGCGAGUAUUAAACCUGAUUUAAAAAGUUAAAAUCUUUGCUGCUAAGCCAAGCUUUUGCGAAUGGCUAACCGAUUACCAGUAAGAGUGGACUGCUGCACUUUAUCCUUGUUCCCAUUAUGACUGCCAGAAAUAAAAAGUCCAGAUCUGUGCAGCAAGAUUGCUGCAAGACUAUCAUUUUUAUUUGGUCAUUUGCACCUUAAUAUUUGACGUUCAUAGCCCAUUUUAAAUAGCGUUUUUGUGUGGGAUAAUGUGAUCCGCCUGUAGCAUUCAGAGUUGGCUAAUGGAGGGAACAUCAGAGCACAUGGGGUUAAAUCCUGGAAGAUCAGCCUUUAAAAAGAGAUUGAAACCCACAACUCAAAAAAUGAAACUAAAAAUGAGAAGAUUUCAUCCUUUUAAGGGUAAAUUGAAAUUAAUCUUUAAAAAAAUCACACACAGUAUAGGAUUUCUGAUGGCCUGGGACAGAUUUGAGUUGACAGUUUGCAUUGUGCAAUAAUUUCUUUUUUUAGGUGGAUACAAGGAAAACCAACUCACUUUCUUGAUACUUGAAAAUAAGAGAGACUAAUAAAAGACAGCAAAAAUUGUGCAGGUCAUCAGUGUUAAUCAGGUGAAAGCAGAUGUAUGCUACUUAUGUAUAUACUGUCACAGCCAGUUCAGGACAUUUUUUACCUACCUUCUUAAAUUUUCAGUUUCUCUCAUUGCAAAUAUGUUUGUGUUACAGGAAGGCAGUUAAUGCACCCAUCAUCAUUUAAAAAUGCACUGCUUAUAAUUAUAUUUUUAGAUAUAAAUAUGAGACAUACACCUGUAUUUAAAAAGUAGGAAUUUAGAACGCUGAAAUAGCUACAUCAGGCAAUACCUGAUGUAAAUGUUGAGUAUUUUCUCUUUAUGCUGCAUCUAUGUAAUUACAUGCUGCUUCAUGCAUGUAAUUACACAUUUCAGGAUUGGAUGUAUUUGACCUUGAUUUUAAAACACUGAACAAUAUAAUACACUGUCACAUUUGAAACUUGACUUUUACGUUAUUUUUAAGGUCAAAUAUUUCUGACAACGUUUACUUCAACUUUAUUUUAAGAAUAAGGUACACCAGAUUGGUUUAGCCUUCCUGAGAACAUUUUUAAAAGACCGCAAUGAUGAUUAUUUAAAGUUUGGAGGCAUUCAUGAUUUAUUUUAAUCAUACUUUUUCUUGAUUUUGGGUUUCAGUGUGUAAUUUGAAAAAAAAAGAUUUUAAAGAGAUGUUUAACUGUUAAAAUCUGUAAAUAAGAGGAUUGAACCUUAAUUGCCAUCAGGCUUAUCUCCUCACAAAAAUCCUCUUCCGUUCACUAGUUUUAGCUAAGUGCUUAAUUGAAUACAAAGGUAUGUUGAAAAGUGAAAUAGAUUCCUCAUUUUUAAAAUGACUAGCGGCACAUGGUUUUCAUGUAUUUGCCUGGAGCCGACAACUUGUGAUCUGUACUUCAGUUGAGACUUUCUUGAAACAUAAGCUUUCUUGAAAAUGUUCCAUCUGUCACCUUAUGGUUUUGAAAUGCGGAUUCUUUUAUUCCUUAGUUCAAGAUUUUGCAGUGGCCUUUCAACCGAUAAAAAUUCAAGAUGCUUGUCACGGUUUCAGAAGCGUAGAAUGUAGCUUACAAAGCAUACAGGCGUUGCAAUUGGGGCAGAGUUGAAGAACUACAAAUCGCCCUGGGGUAAUGAUGUAGCCAAAGACUUGAAACCUUACUGUAAAUAAAGGUGAUAAGGAUCUCCAUGGGAGAGAGGUGUUAAAUGACCGCUUCUCUGCUGCAAAAUACAGGAGUUUGCUCCAUCACAGUAUGACGGUGGUUUUUAAAAUGGUGCGAUAUGAAACUAGGUUUAAAAAAAUUGAGGGGAAUUUCGGGAUGGCCUGCAGUUUGUUCAGAUUAGUUUGUUUUUUUUUCCAUAAUGCAAGCAUGCUAACUGGUGCCCUUGUGAAAAGUGUUGCUUUUGUGUUUUGUGGAACUAGGCUCUUGUUAGCCAUUUAACUGGAAACACAAAGAAAAUGAGAGGAGACCGUUUGGUCUGUCUAGGUAAUUGGUCUCUACCUGUGAAGCCAUGUGAGAAAAUGAUCAUCUGUAGUCUGACUUCAGAUCACUUUGACUAACUCUGUCGCAUGUCAUUCUUAAUUUUAAGUUGGCAUGCUGUCAACUCAAAUCCAGUUUUUCUACUAUUAAUUUGUCAUUGAUGUAUUUUUCCACUUUGAUAAAUACUGGUGAAAUAAUAUAACUUUCAACUUUUCACUGUCUUUUUUCAUGAAAAUCAGAAGUGCCAGGAUUGCUCUGUCUUCAUUUUGUACCAACAAGAAUGGUUGAAAGCAGCUGGUGUGUCACAGUCACUCGGAUCUGAGGUCCAUUAGAACUGGUUAGCAGCAAAUGUAGCUGAGAUGACAAUUAAGUCCUGCUGCAGUAAUCUGAGAUGUUGUAAAACUUUAUAUAAAUUCUUAUAGAGCGGUAAGAGUAGUGUAUUCUCAUGUGGUAGAGCUGUUCUGAUUUGAGUUGGUCAUUUUUAUCAAAUGAUAAAUAACAACGAACACUGUCUCCUUAUGGGUCAAAAUAGUCUGACAGCCAUGAUGCCUUAUCCUUGCAGCAGGGCAAUAAGGGGAGAGAGAAGGAGCAGAGGUGAAUGUGAGUGGGUCACGGGGAGUCAGCUGUGAUCCUGCAGGUCUUCAGAGACUUUCUGGACUCGUUUCAUCAGGGCUCUGUCACUUAACCAGUUUGCUAAGUUGAUCUGUAGCCAUUGGCAAUCUAAAGAUACCAGCAUACCUGCAGGCUUAUGUUCCUCAAAGGCUUCGGGAUUUAACCUUUCGUUUAGAAGAUAAAACAAUGGCUCUUCAUGGGUUUUUGUGCACUUCUGGUUAUCUGAGAUGUAUCACACAAGCAGUCUUUUUCUCCAUAUGUGGUAUAAGCACCCCAUAAUUCAGUAUCUUUUGACAUAUGCUGCUUUCUUUGAGGUCAGGCCUGAGGUGUAGUGGUGUAGUGCAGUGAUAGUAGUCUUUGUUUAUCUGGGAAUGUACUGCCAAUGACCUACCCUUUGCUAGUGCUUAUUUCUAGUGAAGCUGUAACUGUUUGUUUUUUGUAAGCUGUUUCUCUCUGAUGAAAUGGCAAAUCAAGUUGCUAAUUCAUCACCUAAGCCUGAACUCAUUAUCAACCCCUGAUUUGGUUUAAUGCCUUCUGUGUAUUCUAAUGCAGAUGUAAGAUAAGUCUGGUAUUUUUUUCUCUUUUUUUUUAAACUGGACUUGGCUUCGUUUUCUGAAGCUCCGGUGUACUUUUUAUGAUGCACAUAUUUCUUUUUUUAAAUAGAUGCCAUAUUUAUAAGAAAUUGUACAUCUUAAUUUAAAAUAGUUUUCACAAAGAACAGUGAUGCCAUUGUUCAGACUGAGCAUUUGUGUUGCUGUAAAAAAAUAAAGUGAAUCUGUCUGUGUA